AUGUCUCCGGAUCCUCGGGUUCUGCUGCGGGCGCUGCGCAACUGUCCCAAUCUCGAGACCUUGCAAUUUUACGACUAUGCGAUCCCGUACGAGUGGCCGGUGCCGGGAGACGUUGCUGUCGUACACCUUCCCUUGCUCAAAGAGCUCGGAAUCUUCGACACCUCAGACACUUCGCCGGAGAAGAUAUACAGAGCCUCGCCGACCUCAUACCUUGUCAUCUCUUUCGAAGCCGCCCGUUCGACAGAGUUGCUCUGCGCAUACACGACGACUGCUCGUGGGAACUGA